AUGGACGAAGAGCUUUUGAAAGUCAACGGGCAAAACCGUCCUGGCAAUGUUAGACAUCCUACCGCGCCCUCCCUCAUGAUGAAUGCGCACUUCGCCGGGGUGGGCGAGAAUGCCCCCAGAGAAGCCUACGAGCAUGGCAUUCAGGUCAUUGACGAGGACAAGGUGUUCAACCACAACCUAUCUACCUAUCUCAACAUCGAGAAAGUUAUCCCGGCCGGCUUCAACUACCACCUCAUAUCUGUCUUUGGUUCGCAGUCCACGGGCAAGUCUACACUUCUCAACUUCCUCUUUGGCACCCAAUUCGGCGUCAUGUCAGAGCAGGAGCGCCGCCAAACAACAAAGGGUAUUUGGAUGAGCAAGAACAAGCGCGAGGCAGGAGGCUCGGGCAUGGCAGAGAAUAUACUAGUAAUGGAUGUGGAGGGCACGGACGGAAGAGAACGAGGAGAGGACCAGGAUUUUGAGCGAAAGAGCGCGCUGUUUGCGCUUGCGACCAGCGAGGUCCUCAUUGUCAAUAUCUGGGAACAUCAGGUUGGGUUGUACCAGGGUGCAAAUAUGGGGCUGCUCAAGACGGUCUUCGAGGUCAACUUGCAGUUGUUCGUCAAAGACAACCAGACCAUCCCUAAAUCUCUCCUAUUUUUUGUCAUUCGCGACCACCUCGGAACUACGCCCCUCAAGAACCUACAAAACACCCUACUACAAGACCUAUCGAAGCUGUGGUCAACAAUCUCGAAACCUAACGGACUCGACAACUCGCGGAUAGAGGACUACUUCGACUUUGCGUUCGUUGCAUUACCGCACAAGAUUCUACAGCCGGAGAAAUUCGAAGAGGCUGUCACGAAGUUGAGCCUGCGGUUCAGGGAAGGAUACAACGAUCCCAGAAAGAGCGGUCUCCUCGACGAGUCAAAUUCACCCAUCUUCCUUCCACAAUACCACCGACGGAUACCUGCAGAUGGCUUCCCGGUUUACGCCGAGGGCAUCUGGGAUCAGAUUGUGAAUAACAAGGACUUGGAUCUGCCAACGCAACAGGAGCUAUUAGCGCAGUUCAGAUGUGACGAGAUCUCAAGAGAGGUUUUGGUCGCGUUUGACGAGAAGAUUACACCACUGGAAGACAAGCAAGCAGAAGACGCUAGGAUAGGUCAAGUUUCGGUCAUUGCAGAUCUAGGUAUCGCGAUGAACGCUGCACGAUCAAAGGUCUUCAAGGAGUUCGAGACCAACGCGAGCCGAUACCACAAGGGCGUCUACAAGCGGAAACAGGCAGAGCUCGAGGCAAAGGUGGACACACGGCUCAAGGCACUGUACCAGAAGCAGCUCACUGCCGCCCACAAAUCUGGUGUUGAGAACUUUAGCAAUGCUGUCAGUGCAGCGGUAAAGAGCGGUCAGAAAAAGGGCGCUUCUUACGACUUUGCCCAGAUCGUAGAUUCGGAGAAGAAGAAGGCUCUUUCAAAGUUUGAACAGGACGCUGCAUCUAUUGCGAUCGAGGGCGCCGACUGGAGCAGCCACAUUCACGAGCUGAAGAUCUACAAAAAAGAGCUAGACGAUGUAUCAGGCCGUCUCCGCAAAGACGAAAUGAGGCGUUUAGCCACGAGAAUAGAGCGAUGGGUACGGUCACGAUUAGACGAGUCUGUUGGUCUCGAGUUCAACAAGCUCGGAUCUGGUCGAGGCGGCUCAGGCGCACCCGAGCAUGGAGAGCGACCGCCCGCAGAGAAGGAUCUCUGGGACCGGGUGUGGACCAUCUUUACAGAGACUGUCUCGAGUGCAGAGAAGCGCUUCACUGACCGUGCGCAAAGCUUCGACGCUAGUCCCGAGGAAGUAGAUGUCGGUCUGUGGAGGUUACGCCGCAAGUCCUGGGCUGUACUUCGUGCGAAGAUUGACGAGGAGGUCAUGGAAGGCAACAUCCUCCUCAAACUGAGAGAAAACUUUGAAGACAAGUUUCGGUAUGAUGAACACGGUGUACCGCGCAUCUGGCGACCCACCGACGAUAUUGAGGGAGUCUACACGAAGGCUCGCGAGUCAACAAUCACCGUCAUCCCACUUCUUGCGCGCUUCAAGCUCUCCAAAACAUCAGCGCCUCCGCCACUCGAUGCCUGGAUUGGUGACGCACCUGCAUCUGUAUCGCCAGCCGAUGAAGACGACCUAACCCCGAUUGGCGGCGUAGACGACGACGAGGGCAAGAGCCUAGAAGAGGAAAUGACCAUUCUGUCCGAUGCAAAGCAAGCUGACCUCCUUGUGCGCUUCAAGAAGACUGCAGAUGGUGUCUACGUGGAAGCCAAGCGUAGCGCUAUUGGUGGUAUAACACAAGUUCCACUGUACUUCUAUGGAUUGUUGCUUGCAUUGGGAUGGAACGAAAUAGUAGCUGUUCUACGAAACCCAGUAUACUUCAUCUUCCUCAUCCUCCUCGGUGUCGGCGCCUACGUCACGUACACUCUCAACUUAUGGGGUCCCAUGGCGCGUAUGGCCAAUGCUGCGUCUCACCAGGGUCUCGAAGUUGGCAAAGAGCGACUUCGCGCUUUCUUGGAGAAUUCCGAGGCGGGGAGGCAGGCGGUAGCCAUGAGUGGGCCGGAUGGGCGAAGGAUGGUGGAAGAGGUUAGGAUGGAUAGGCUAAAUGGAGACGGAAAGAAGAGAGAGGAGGAAGAGGACUUGGAUGAUAUCUGA